AUGUCUUCAGCUGAGCUGGAGUUGUGUCUCGAUGGAGUUCCCAUCGAAUUCCCUGCAAUAGUCAAAGAAGCAAUUCUAGCAACCAAAAGAGAUGAGAUAUUUCCAAAUUGUGCUUCUCUGAAUGAAAAGUAUUGUUGGUAUCUUACCAAGUCGCAACUUUUCAUCUGGGAACGUCUUGUUUCGGGCACAAAUCGAACUCACAUACCAAUGCAGCUCGCACUUCCACUAUCCGGAUUGCAUUUAUCAACAAAAACUGUUGUUGUAUAUGAUGGUGCACAGCGUUCGAAAGGUCGAUCUUCGACAACUGGAGUCCUCAUCGUCUCACCAGAAGGAGUACUUCGGCAUUGGAACUCUGUGCAUUCACAAAGUUAUGCUGAAUGCGUUCUUGAUUUAGGAAAUGAAGUUAUCCUGUCAGUGGAACUUGUUGAUCCACCAACAGAAGACAAACCGGCAUCUUUUAUUUUGGUUACUACUUCUGGAAGUGUUUUUUAUCUUCGAGCGAAUCCAGAAUGCCCAAAUUCAGGAAUGUUGGCUCCAUAUAAAAUUGCUAGCCGGGAUACUUCGAGUAUUCGUCGCCGUCUUUCAUCGAUUAUGUUUGGAGGGAACAAUCGCGAAAUGUCACUAGUGUCUCGAAGUUUCCUUUUCUGGGAAAAACGAUCUCAACAGCCAUUCGUCGCAUGUGUCUAUCCAGAUGCACUCACAGUAUUCGACAUUGCUGAAAAACGAGAAUUGUGGACUGUGAAAUCGAAACACCUAUUCGAACCCGUCAUCUCGAAUUAUAUUGAGUCGGAAAUUGAAGAAAGGUCAAUAAAUGUAACGUGUCGAUUAAUCGAUGCAUCGUAUUUCCGAAAUGGAAUCAUGAUUCUUGUUGCGGCGACACAUGACAAAUCACAAUUCAUUUCGCUCUACCUAACGUUCAUCGGAAAAGACUGGAUGGAGACGGAGCCGACGGACGCCGUGUGGACAGCUCGAGUUCCGAUGCCAGAGCAAAGGGCGUUGUUCUUGAAAAGCAACGAGGGUAUUUAUACGAAACUCGAACUUCGAAUUCCGAGCAGAUCAGCUGAAGCUAUGAAAUCGGAACGAACUGAUGGAAUUAUUAUCAUAAAUCAAUUCUUUAUUCAAUCAAUAUAUGUCCCAGACGAUUUGGAAAAUGCAACAAUUUGGGAUUUGACACUUUGCAAGACCGCCAAUUUGCCACCAUUGGAUAUCCUUUUGGGAAGUGCUCUUUGUGCACAAUACUGUUAUAUUCUGAUGCUCGAUUCCGGCGUCUUCACAAUUCGUCUUUUGCCACGUGGAUUCUCCGAUAGCUUGAACGGCAGUUUCUACACAAACGAGCAAUCUUCGUCAAACUCGCUUGAGGAUUGGGCUGCGCUGAGUUGUCUGCUCUCUGAGAUGGUGGCAUCAGGUCUACCAAAAACAGCACCAAUUCAGUCAUUCCACAAAGCUCUCGAUUUGUUCGGUGAGAAAGACAUGGUUCUUUCGAGUGCUGAGAUUCAGAACAUUCGGAAAAUGUCCGAUGUCGAAAUUGCUGAGUUAGUUCAACAGUUUCUGAGGGCAGUUAUUGAUUAUACCGAUGAAGCGAAUAAGGUGGAUGCCGAAUUGCAUGCGAAGAAGGUGAUCACGUCUCGAACACUUCUGUUCCUGCGACAUAUGGAUCUUUUUGAUAGGGUUGCAAAUGCCAAAAUUCCAUAUGAUUCGGCGGAUCCAAAUGUCAUGAAUGAGUAUCGCAGCGGUCUUUCCAUGUUGGCUGAAAUGAAUGAACGCGUUGCUGCAGCCGCUGCUCUGUGGCAUUGGAGAGGACUGCAUGAAAGCAACGCUGAAGUUUUCGAUGCAGUUUUUGACGCCGCUGUUAAAAACGUUGUUGAAGCACAGAAUCUCGGAAUCAAUAAUCGAGAGACAUUCUUUGCGAGACUCGGUUUAUUGCACUACAUUCCACGCGAAGCUUUCAAUCAACUGAUGAUUGCAAUCAAUAAGGGAAAAUCGCAGAAGUACGAAGUAUUCCAUUCAAUCGCCGAUAUGUUUAUUGUGAUCAAAAUGGGAAUUUCGUCGUUGAGAAGGUGCAAAUGUGCGAUUGAGAAGAAGAGUGGAUGGUGGACAUUCCAUACGAUUACCACAUAUUACAAAAAACUUUGCGAGAAGAUUUGCGAAGAGCUCAAAACGAAUAUGUGCUCAGAAUGCGAACGAUCUCGAUUGCUUGCAUAUGUUCUCAAUCUUUAUGAUUUCUACCUUGGCGAAAUUGAUACUCAACCGGACGACGAUAAAAUUCUCAUGGAUAUUAUUUUGUUCGGAAGGGUAUCCGAAGGAAUGUUGCUCGCUGAAAAACAUAGAGAUUUUGGAGUUCUUGUUAAAAUGGCACUGCGAUCAGAUAAAGAUACACGACAGAAAUCGUUGAAUCGAUUCAAAAAAGUGUUCGAUUAUGACGAUUUUGAGAUGUAUUUGUGCCAAUUUCUCAAAAAACAUGGACGCAAUGAUAUUUUAUUGGAGCAAAAAGGCCAACGUGUUGAUGAAUAUCUCGACAAUUUCAAAGAAUUGCGGUAUUCGCGUGAAAUCUCAAACAAGCAAUACGCCAAAGCCGCUUACACGCUAAUGAGCCUCGCUGAAGCAGAGACAAAGAGUUUUGAGCGUUUCGCCGACUUUUUGAGUCGCGCGCAUGCGUGUGCACGAGCAGCUGAACCCGGUGAGCCCGGCGUCGACGAUGUUCUCAAUUUCUACAAGAAGCGAUUGCCAGAAUUGAAGCAUCGCCGCGCAAUUCCGAUCGAUGUUAUUCGGAGUGGUUAUGGAGAUGAUCUUGAUGUGAUGAUGUCGAUUGAUGAAAUGCUCGAAUGGAAUAUGGUCGAAUGUUCGACUGACGAGAAGACAAUCGAGGGAUAUUUGCGUGCUUUACACCUAUUGUCCGAUCUCAAACGAGUCGAGGAUUCAGCCGAUUUGCAAAAACGAAUUGACACCUUGUGGAAACGACUUAUUGAAAUUGAAGAAUGGCCUAGGAUUAAAAAUCGAGACGAGGCAGAGAAAAAGACAGUGUUUGGACGAUUAUGCACAGAGCUUGUUGAAUAUCACCCGAAAUUGAACGGUUCGAGCACUUCUGUUUGGUCAAUCGAAGAUCGUCUCCUUGUUGCUCCGCGAAAUUUCGACGAACUUCUUGAUUCGUCUCAAAUCGACAAAAAAUGCAAACCAUGGGUUAAAGCACACCUUAAAUGGGUUAUCGAACGACUUGAGAAGCGGGCGAAACACGGUCGGACGCCGUUCUUCCUUAUUGAUAUGGAGAAUGUUGGUUCGCUGACGACGGCGGCUCUCGACGGCUUCGCACCGAUUUUGGAGAUUCGAAAGCGAAAAUGGACCGAUGAAGCGAUGAAUUAA